AGAAUCAGCCAUGAGGAAAUAUCAGCAGCUCUUAUUGGUGGUUGUGUCAUUAGUGAGUGUAGUGGCUCUGCUUUUCUACCACCAUGAGUAUCAUCGUCUGCGCUACGUUUUAGAAGUGCUCAACUUUUUUGGGAAGCCAGCUGAAAAUCUCCAGUGUCCGACUAUAAAUGAAACAUCAUUAUCACAACGAGUCAAUGGGUUUUCAUCACCUGUACCAGUUUGGGUCCCAGCUGGUGACAAUCACUAUAUUUAUUCAGCGUUUUGGGAGCGGAACAAUGUGAUUAUUGUAGCCACUGGUCCAGCCAAUGGGGCCUUUGCUGGCCGUAAUAGUUACCAAUGUGAAAUUUGGCUUGAGGGAAAAGAUGAACCCAUCCCUGGAAGAGUUCAUGCAAGCAUUAUUGAAGGCCAGAAAAAGAAGAAGGUGGGCUUUUCAGGGUACACAUUGUCUUGUGAGAUAGAAAAGAUGAUCUCUGUAGUUCCUGAAGAGGUGACAAUUUGGAGAAUGCAAGACAAGUUACCUGCCAAAGUGACUCUUCCUAUUCAUCACUUCAAUUCAAAACAUUCUGGGGGAGACCCUGCCACCUCCAUGGCCAUCUGCGUGUUGCCGGACGAACUACAACGAAUCUCAUCGAGUGCUUUGAUCUCUUUUGUGAGUUACCAUUCUCUCCUAGGGGUAACAGAUUUUAUUUUGUAUGGUGGGAACCGUUACCAUCAUGUUGCAUAUGAGCUUCAAAAGCAUGGAGCUAGUGUGAGCAUAAUUCCCUGGAACUUUCCGCUUAGUGGUGACGGUCGUGCAGAACUAGAGAGAGACUGUCGGAGUAGGGGUUGGCCUGCGACUGGUAACAUUGUUGUUCUUUCACUCAAUGAAUUCAUUGUGCCUGUUAUGCACAAUGGUCUCCUUGCCAUGUUGAAUGACUUGGAUGCUGGAAGGAAGGCAACAUCUCGCUUUCAAUUCUCCACCCAACUAUUCUGUACAAAUAUUCCAGACGAUCCCGGGGCUGAGCCCAGUUGGCCAAUGUUCAUGCAUAAAACCUACUAUGAUCCUGCUGCCAAAACUGGAGUUGUGAAUAUUUACAGACCUGGAGCUGUUUCUGCCAACAGGCCCAUUGAAUUAGGGACAUACCCUGUGUCUCCUAAAAUUGCAGCUGUCCACAAAUUUGCAAAUUGCGAUAUUCCUCCAGAAGCAUCAGCAGAUUCUUUCCAAUAUCAGCCUGAAAUCAGACGAUUUGUUAGUGAGCUGAUGAAAUCAGGCCUGCUCAAUAUACAAGUUAAACCAAGGACAUAACUUUGAAGUUGGAAAUAACUCACUUUAGUUUUUUAAUUAUUGUCAUCACAGAAUUGCUUGUUACAGAACUAGUGCUUCUAGUCUUAGACUGCCUCCAAUUUCGAAAUAAGAUCAUUUUAGAUUUAUACAUUGCAAGGGUGGGUGAUACAUCAAGACUGAGUAAUUGAAUUGCUAUUGACAUCUACUGUUGUUUAUUGUGUCAGUAUUGAAUUUUUUUUGCCUUACCCUGUUGAAUCAGUCUUAGAUAUUUUUUUCUUGUUAUGGCUUUUCUAAUCUGUUUGCUUAAUUUUCCUCCCUUUUUAAAUUUUUGUUAUAAGUAGUGCCUAGUUUGUUAAAUUUCUGGGUAGUUAGACAGUCUAAGAUUUGUUGGUUGUUGACAGAGAUUUAUUAUCAAAGUCAAUAUUUCUUAAAUAUCGAUAUAGUAGCCUUGCCUUAUUUUUGUGCAGUAUUUAUGAGAAGUUUUUCAUUUGCUCAGGAGCGUUUGAAAGAUAAGGAAGACCAUACUUGUGAUGAGUUUUAGAAUGUCAAUCCUUUCCUUGCUAUACAUACAACUUUUGUAUUAUAAGUAGUACAAACAUAGCUGGUGUAUAUUUGCUCAUGACAGCUGAAAGGUGGCAAUUUUGAAGGAAGCCUUGAAUGGUAUUGGUAGAGUUUUUAGAAAAUGCUUAAAGCAGUGACUUUGCUCUGAUUUAAGAAAGGGCACAUAUUUAUUGAUACACCCACAAGACAAUAGGGGCACUUUGAUAUGUUUAUUGACAUUUUUUGAAAUAUUUAUAUGUAUGAAUAAUAAUGAUAAUUUUAUGGUUGCCUUGUAAUGGCAAAAAUGGGUUGUAAUUAAUUUAUCAAGUUGUUAAUUUCAAGGCACAUUUAUGUAAGCACCACAAUAGCUUCAUAAUUUGCACACUCCUGAUUGUAACAUGUUUUUGAGACUGGGAGGUUCUCAAUCAGGCCUGAGAAGUAAUGAAAGAUUAAAAUAUUUAGUAAUGUUUUGAAACUAGAAGAAAAACCAAACCUAGACCAGUAGAAAAUUUUUCUCGCUGCAAGUAUGUAAUGUUUAGUCUAUUUUGCGACCAAUGAUAUUUAUUCUUUGACAAAUGCAUUUAUCUUUGAUGUUUGAGAGUGGCCACUGGCUAGCCUUCAUUGACUCAAAACUUCCAUCGUUUUGUUACGGUCAACUGUAAUUAGUGUUUGUUUUUCAAGGAAGAGUUAAUUUAGUGUUAAAACUGUAAUAGAGAUUAAAAUUUUGUGAUACAAGAAUGUUGCUCAGCACAUUGCCAGUAACUCUGUUUUAUUGUCAAUGUUGAAAUAUUGAUUCAUUGGGUGGCACUAGCAUUGUUAAGAAUGAAACAAACAAACAAAAAUUCUUCCAGUCAGAGGUACAGACUGCCAAAGGCUUCCAGCAAUAUUAAAAGUUUUGCACAAAGCACAACCAAGUUUAAGGGUCAUCUAAACAAAAAAAACAAAAAAAAAACGUUUUUCUAAAUGCAUUCUUCUGGUCUUGUACCAUUUGAAGCAAAAUUGUUAUUGUUAUUGUAUAAAAUAGUCAUGGGACUCUUUUAUGCAUUGAAAGAGCAGCUGAAAUUUAUCUGUAGUAGUUUUGUACAAAUGUGAUAGUUUUCAAUUGUUGACUCUUGUAGUUAGACCUACCUGUAUUUUGGAAAUUGUUGUCAAGAAUUCAGUGAAUUCUUUGGUAAGAAAUGUCUUAAAUUGGGUACUUUAUUAUUGAUUUUGCUUUACCAUAAUGCACAUCAGCAUAAAAAAUGUAUCUCAAGCAGCCAAUUAGCCAUAGUACUACUUCAUUAAUUAAAGUUACAUAUUCACUACAUCCUUAUGUAUUUGUGGUUCGUACACAGGGCAACAUUCCAUUCAAACCUUUGCGCAUCAGUGUAUCAGUUGAAAAUAAAUGUCCACGACUGAUAGCCUUCAA